AUGGUUUUGUCAUGUUUGGCUUUUGCAUGUACCAACAGGUGGAGCAAAGAAAGUAAAUUAAAGUCUAUUCAAUUCCAUAGAUUUCCACUCAACAAACCAGAGUUACUACAAAAAUGGGUGAAAAUGAUCAAAAGAAAAGAUUUCAUUCCUACAAAAUACUCUUUUAUAUGCAGUGAACAUUUCAUACCUGAGGACUAUCAAAUUCGCCCUGCAGCAAGUGUGAGACUAUUGAAAGAAGACGCUUAUCCUAGAAUAUUCAAUGGUUUUCCUAAGUAUUUACAAGAAAAAAUGCCUGUUAAACGCUGUCUGCUUAACAGAAAUGAAUUUAAACAUACUUUGAAGCAGCUAUUAUUUACAAGAAAUAUAACAGUUGAGAGUGGUAACUGUUGUGAUUUUGAUGCACUUGAAGAUGACAUUUUAGAAUUUCGCUCUGAUAAAAGAAGUGUAAGGAGUGUACAGGAAGAAACAACAUUUGAUGAUGAUGAAACAUUAACAGAACAUCAAUCUGAUCAUAUUUAUGCAAACAGUUUAACAUUUACUUCUUCUGUUAAUAGAAGAAAACUGUUUAUUGUUUCAAAGGCUAUUUCUUUGAUUGUUCAACAUUUAGAAAAAUCAUUUCAAAAUAUUGUUGUAAAGGAAAAAGCAUUACAUAAAAAUGUAUCCUUAAAUAUUUUUGAGUGUGCUAAGAGAAGCAUACUAGCUAAAAUGAUCCAUUGGGAUUCAAAAAUACUUCCAGCCCUUACCGGAAAGAAUAAUGUUGAUCGUUUGCCAAUUAUUUCAACAGUCAUGAAUGUUGAACAACUUCUUGAAGUCCCGCAAAUACCUUCUGGGACAGGAUAUGAAAUAUCUUCAGCUGUGUAUGAUACUUUACAAAAAUGGUCAUAA